UCAGAGAUCAGCCUGGGUGUUUCUUGUCACCUCUAUCAGAUGCUGAUCUGGGUGUUCAGAGGUGACAUCUCAGCUAUCAUCUGCGCUGUCUUCACUAAAGUCGAGAACCUGAUGGCCAAAGCGUUGUACGACAACGUGCCGGAGUCCCCUGAGGAGCUGGCCUUCCGUAAAGGGGACAUCCUGACCGUCAUUGAGCAGAACACCGGUGGCCUGGAGGGCUGGUGGCUCUGCUCCCUGCACGGCCGCCAGGGCAUCGCCCCUGGCAACCGCCUCAAACUGCUGAUCGGACCCAUGUUUGACGCUCAGUCGCCAGCCACCGCCUCCGCCGCAGCAUCUGCCCAGUCUCCUCCUCAGAGCUAUCAGCAGAAAGCCGGCUCUGGGUCUCAGGGGCUCUACCAGGUGCCCCCCUCCCUCCAGAGUCCACAACAGCAGAGCCAGCAGGGCAUCUACCAGGUUCCUCCUGGACAAGACAUCUACCAAGUCCCACCAAGGAGUACUCUAGCUGCUGACAACACACCGAGCAAGGUGGUGACCCCGACCAGAGUGGGACAGACCUACACCUUCAGCCCGGGCCAGCACAACCAGCAGGACGUCUAUGACGUCCCACCCAGUAGAUCCCAGGGGGUGUACGAUAUUCCACCUGGUCAGAUGUUCUCUGGUCAGCUCGGUGCUGCCAGAAACCAGGGAGUCUACGAUGUUCCCCCGCCUCAGAUGGACCACAGGACACAAGGCGUUUACGACAUACCUCCAUCUUCACAAGGGGUCUACUCGGUGCCUCCGUGCAGGACCAACCCCGCCCUCCAGGAGGGAAACUACGACUUCCCGCAGCCUCUCAAACACAAACAGGAGGGCAUCUAUGACGUGCCGCCACCUGUCCUCACCAAGCCCACACAGAGCCCCCAGUCGCAUUAUGACUUCCCCCCCAGUGUGGAGCCUGCUGCCCAUCACCAACACCCAAACAGCAACGGCAAUGAAGGCAUUUAUGACGUGCCUCCACCCGCCCUUCACUCAGGGGCGGGCUCUCAGAGGGACAUAUAUGACAUCCCCCGGUGCAAGCAGCCCUCCCAGAACAGAGCCUCGCCCGCCGACAGAGACGGCAGCAAAGGCAUCUACGACAUCCCCGCUCAGGACGCUCGAGCGGUGGGAGAUGUGACGGACGGUGUGAACCGCCUGUCGUUCUCCAGCACUGGCAGCACACGCAGCAGCAUGUCCACCUCCUCGUCCUCCACGGGCUCCAGCUCCGAGGCCCGCCUCGCUCUGGAUGUGGAUGCUGCCGUCCAAAGGUUGUACCGCCUGCAGCAGGCCUUGGAGGCUGCAGUCUGGGCUCUGCAUUCAAUGGCAGCUUCCCCUCACUGGAGGACUUAUCCCUUCAUGGAGCGCCACGCUAACGACGUCCGCACGGUCCUGGACAGGGUCCGGGCCGCUCUGGGAGACUUCAUCGUGUUCGGUCGAGGGGCUGCAGUAAACGCCACAUCCCUGUCGGACUCCAGCCUGCACAGUAAGCUGAGACGGCAGCUGGGACGCCUGGAGGACUCCCAACAGAUCCUCCUGCAGAUCUACCAAGUCCUGGAGAACUGCAGCUGGGCCCUGAACGCCCUGGCCUCGUCCGGGAAGCACCACAACAAGAGCGACGAUCUGGACCGCUUCGUCAUGGUCUCCAGGACCGUCCCCGACGACGCCAAGCAGCUGGCCUCCACGAUAGGCAGCAACGCCGAGCUGCUGUUCAGGCGGACGCACAUGGACGGGUCUCUCUCUAACGGGAGCACGCCUGAUGAGAACAUGAUCCACCCGCUCACCUCACCCUCCUCAGAUAACGACAACUACGGGGACCAGACCAAGCCCUUCCCUGUGCCCUCCAGCCAAGACAAAGACAACAUGAACAACAGUGAGAAGUGUGUGAAAAGCUGGAUGGAGGACUACGAUUACGUACAUCUGCAGGGCAAAGAGGACUUUGAGCGUCAGCAGAAGGAGCUGCUGGAGAAAGAAAACAUCAUCAAGCAGAGUCAAGUCCAGCUGGGUCAGGAGCAGAUCAAUCAGUUCAAGAAGCUGGAGCAGGAAGUGAUCAAACCUGUGGAGAACGACAUCACACAGUGGACGUCACAUCAACACCCGGGCGUAACCUCGGCCUCCCCCUCGGACUCCUCCUCCACCCUGACCCCCUCCACUCAGGUGUGCGCCCGGGACCGCCAGCUGCUUGGCUUCUACUCGGAGCAGUGCGAGCAGCACUUCGUCACGCUCCUCAGCGCCGUCGAUGCCUUCUUCAGCUGCGUCAGCGCCGGGCAGCCGCCUCGCAUCUUCGUGGCGCACAGCAAGUUCGUCAUCCUCAGCGCCCACAAACUGGUCUUCAUCGGAGACACCCUGUCCAGGCAGGCCUCGGUCCCCGAGGUGGCGAACAGGGUGAUGAACUCCAGUAACGUGCUGUGCGACUUGUUAAAGACGGUGGUGGCUGCGACUAAAACAGCCGCACUGAACUACCCGAACACAGCCGCCAUCCAGGAGAUGGUGGACAGAGUCACUGAUCUCUCACACCACUCGCAGCAGUUCAAAGAACAGUUGCUGCAAAUGGCCAACUCGUGAUUUUCAACCAUUUCACCACAGACUCCAUGUGUACAUUAAUCUAGCACAAAUAUAUAUAUUUACAGUACAUAUAUAUAUAUAUAUAUUGCUCUUCAUCUUUAAGCCUGUUUCGGAUGUUGUAAAUAAUCUCCGUUCUGUAAAUAUUUGCUCUAUUUUUGUGUAGAUUGUUUUAUAUUAUGGUCUGAAUAUAUAUGUAGAUGCAGUAUUGGUGUCUCUGUAGAAUUAUGUGGACAUUUUUCAUAACAUUCCUGUUGCAUAUUAUGAAGCACCUUAUGAGAUGUCCUUGUUUUUUUUUUUCUUUUUCAUGUGUAAAAUGUUGUUGAUGUGUGCUACUGCUGGGCGUGACAGUAAAUCUCCCUGUAAAUCAUGUUAAUGUCGAUGUGUGUGGAGACAUCCGCAAAGUAAAGGAUUGUUCUUAACCAUG